CAGCAACAUCUUUAAACACCGACAUUUUCGAGUACCGGCAAGAAUCAUUACCGAUAACUUUUACGCCCGGCUAUAUCAUUGAGCACCGCAAUCGUUCCGUCUAGGCAGGAUUCAUUAACGGCGAGAUUCACGUCCGGCAGUCUUCUCGACGGACAGGAACCACGCCCGGCACAUCAUCCUCAAGCAUACUUCUCAACCGGGAACGAUUAGUACGCAAUCAUGUUUCUCCCCACAGCUCUCCUUGCUCUGAUCCACCUCGCACUCCCCGCCCUUUCCCACGCAUCUCCACAACCCGCUCUCAUCUCCUCAGACUGGGAAAUGUCCUUGGUACCCCGCCAUCAACUCUUCCUUCGUCAACUGUCCAACUUGCAGACCUUCGACGGCAACCUUGGUGGGACGCGUGCAUCCGCCAUCACAAAUUCUGGAGACAAAGAACGUCCGUUCCAAGUCGACGGGGAUACGUUUACCAGUUUCGAUACUGCGGCACAGAGAAGUUGCGAUAAUCAAUUUAAAGGGUGUAGUGAUACUGCAAACAAGAGUGGAGGAGGUGGCGACAAGGGGAAGAAGGGGAAGAAGAGGCAGGAUGGCAGCGGUCUGAGCGUGAACGACUGUGACGAGCAGAAAAAUAAGUGCAACGAUGCGCAGAAGAACGCGCAAGUCAAGGACUUUAAUAGUGCAGUUGCGAGUACAAAUAUCGGGCCUGAUCCAGACUUCCCAGACUUUGAUCUCAUCUGCGAAGGGUAGCCGAGGAAAAGAGAUGGGUCAUUUCGUAG